CGUGCCCGAACGCCUAGAGCCGUCGUCGAGGGGGCGGGGCGCCACAUGCGGAAGCGGAAGUGGCGACAGAACCAGAGGGUGGAGACUCAACAUGGCGGCUGUGGUGCUGGCGGCGACGCGGAUGCUGCGGGGUUCGGGCUCUUGGGGCCGCUCGCGGUUGAGGUUUGGGCCUCCUGCGCACAGACGGUUUAGUAGUGGUGGUGCCUAUCCCAACGUCCCCCUCUCUUCUCCCUUACCUGGAGUACCCAAGCCUGUUUUUGCUACAGUUGAUGGACAGGAAAAGUUUGAAACCAAAGUCACCACAUUGGAUAAUGGGCUUCGUGUGGCAUCUCAAAAUAAGUUUGGACAGUUUUGUACAGUAGGAAUUCUUAUUAAUUCAGGAUCAAGAUACGAAGCAAAAUAUCUUAGUGGAAUUGCUCACUUUUUGGAAAAAUUGGCAUUUUCGUCUACUGCUCGAUUUGACAGCAAAGAUGAAAUUCUGCUUACGUUGGAAAAGCAUGGGGGUAUUUGUGACUGCCAGACAUCAAGAGACACUACCAUGUAUGCUGUGUCUGCUGACAGCAAAGGCUUGGACACGGUGGUCGGCUUACUGGCUGAUGUGGUUCUGCAGCCCCGGCUAACAGAUGAAGAGGUGGAGAUGACGCGGAUGGCGGUCCAGUUUGAGCUGGAAGACCUGAACAUGCGGCCUGACCCAGAGCCACUCCUCACUGAGAUGAUUCACGAAGCAGCUUACAGGGAGAACACAGUUGGCCUCCACCGUUUCUGCCCCGCAGAAAACAUAGCAAAGAUGAGUCGAGAAGUACUGCAUUCCUACCUAAGGAACUACUACACCCCUGACCGCAUGGUGCUGGCCGGCGUGGGCGUGGAGCAUGAGCACCUGGUGGAAUGUGCCCGCAAGUACCUCCUGCGGGUCCUGCCGGCCUGGGGGAGCGUGGAGGCCGUGGAUGUCGACAGAUCCGUGGCCCAGUACACUGGGGGGAUUGCCAAGCUGGAAAGGGACAUGUCCAACGUCAGCCUGGGGCCGACCCCCAUCCCCGAGCUCACACACAUCAUGGUCGGACUGGAGAGCUGCUCCUUCAUGGAGGAGGACUUCAUCCCCUUUGCUGUGCUGAACAUGAUGAUGGGGGGAGGCGGCUCCUUCUCAGCCGGUGGGCCCGGCAAGGGCAUGUUCUCCAGGCUCUACCUUAACGUGCUUAACAGGCACCACUGGAUGUAUAACGCGACCUCCUAUCACCACAGCUAUGAGGACACUGGCCUCCUGUGCAUCCAUGCCAGUGCCGACCCAAGACAGGUUCGAGAGAUGGUAGAAAUCAUCACAAAGGAGUUUAUUUUAAUGGGCGGAACCGUGGACGUGGUGGAGCUGGAGCGAGCCAAAACACAGCUAACGUCCAUGCUUAUGAUGAACCUGGAGUCCAGGCCCGUGAUCUUCGAGGACGUGGGGAGGCAGGUGCUGGCCACUCGCUCCAGAAAGCUGCCGCAUGAGCUGUGCACGCUCAUCCGCAACGUGAAGCCAGAAGAUGUGAAGAGAGUUGCUUCUAAGAUGCUCCGAGGGAAGCCGGCGGUGGCCGCCCUGGGCGACCUGACCGACCUGCCCACUUACGAGCACAUCCAGACCGCCCUGUCCAGCAAGGAUGGGCGCCUGCCCAGGACGUACCGGCUCUUCCGGUAGAGCUGCUGCCUGGCCGGAUGGACCCAGGAGCUGCUGCCAGAGCUCUUUCCCACACGUUAGUUUGAACACAAAUUUAGUGUAAGAAGCCGUCUGGUUGUAGAAACAGCACACUGUCACUAGCGCACCCACACAGUUUGCGUUCCUUCAGAACUGAACGUGUCAGUCAGUGGGGUCACCCCCUGACCACUGCAAGCCAGGAAGUGCUGAGGCUGGGGCGCAGCUGCUAUCAGGAGGCCAGGUCGGUCGGGUCCCCCCUCUCAGGGGCUCUUGGCACGUGCAGCCCUUCAGGUUCCUUGAGAGGAGCCGGCCCUGAGCAGGGGAAACAGCCAAAGCCAGCCUAUCUCAGCCUCCCAGGGGCCGCUGGGUUCCUGUGCAGGGUGCCAGGACUCACUGACAGACGGGGCGAGGCAAGGGCCCAUCCUGCAUGUGCACGCCCGCUUCCCUGGUAAUAAAGAGCUGGCAUCUUUCUUA